GCUCGCGCCGCUCGCCGUUUGAAUGAGCGGCGCGCGCCCCGCCGUUUCGCCUCUCGUGCGCCUCGCUAUGCUGGAAACCAAGUUUGCGACGUCGAGAUGAAUCCGGCCAACGAGACCGAGCGAAGCGCGGACCGGUACCUGUUCGCGGCCGGAACCUACAAACUUCUGGCGGUCGCCAUCGGAACCAUCGGAGUGUUCGGGUUCUGCAACAACGUGGCGGUGAUUUUACUCUACUGCAGGUUCCAGAGGCUCCGCACGCCCACCAACCUGCUGCUGGUCAACAUCAGCCUCAGUGAUUUUCUGGUGUCGGUCAUCGGGAUCAACUUCACCUUUGCGUCGUGCGUCAAAGGCAGGUGGAUCUGGAGCCAGGCGACCUGCGUCUGGGACGGAUUCAGCAACAGCCUGUUCGGCAUCGUCUCCAUCAUGACGCUGGCGGCUCUGGCUUAUGAGCGCUACAUCCGGGUGGUGCACGCUCAGGUGGUGGACUUUCCCUGGGCAUGGCGGGCCAUCGCCCACAUCUGGCUGUACUCGCUGGCCUGGACCGGGGCGCCUCUGCUGGGCUGGAACCGCUACACGUUAGAGAUCCACCAGCUGGGAUGCUCCCUGGACUGGGCGUCCAAAGACCCAAACGACGCCUCCUUCAUCCUCUUCUUCCUCUUUGCGUGUUUCUUCGUGCCCGUUGGCAUCAUGGUCUACUGCUAUGGCAACAUCCUUUAUACAGUGAGAAUGCUGCGUUCCCUCCAAGACCUGCAGACGGUCCAGAUUAUAAAGAUCCUGCGCUACGAGAAGAAGGUGGCGGCCAUGUUUCUCCUGAUGAUUUCCUGUUUCCUGGUGUGCUGGACGCCGUACGCCGUGGUUUCCAUGAUGGAGGCGUUCGGCAGGAAGGCCAUGGUCUCUCCCACCAUGGCCAUCAUCCCGUCCUUCUUCGCCAAGUCCAGCACGGCGUACAACCCCGUCAUCUACGUGUUCAUGAGCAGAAAGUUCCGGCGUUACUUCCUGCAGCUGCUCUGCUCCCGGCUCUUCCACAAGAUCUCCUGGCUGCAGCAGAACCUCAAAGAGCGGCCGCGGACGCCGGCCGAGCGCCCCAUCCGCCCCAUCGUCGUCUCCAGCGCCUGCGACUCCAGGGACCGGCCCAAGAAGAGGGUCACCUUCAACUCCUCCUCCAUCGUCUUCAUCAUCACCAGCGACAACUUCCAGCAGUUCGACGUCACCUCCAAGGCCCAAGAUUCCUCGCAGGUGAACGUCAUCCAAGUGAGGCCGCUGUGACCUUUGACCGCUGGGUAAUGCCUUAUGACCAAACAAUUCCAAGCCAAACUAACCCCGCCUGACCUCCACGGCUGUUUCUGAAUGCAGCCCCAGACUUUUUACAACUGUCUGUAAAUACCCAACAACACUUAAACGAGUCGUAAAGAAGGGACAUCCUCAUUAGACAUCGGCUUGGUGAUAUUACGUAGGUAAUUGCAUAGUUGAUUAACUAGUUUUAUGUCAUGCAGUAUGCGGCAGAGUGGUUGCGUUUCCGUUACAAAUGGAAACGCCGGAAAAACACAAUUUUGCAAUUGUGGUGUUUACGUUAAAUGAGAAACGGCAUUUAAAAAACAUGCUACAUCGGCCUGUCGCAAUAAGUAAUAAUCAAUUAAUCCUUGAUAAAUUAAAACGAUAUCAAUAAUUUCCAAUUGCAUGAUUUAUUGUUUUUCUAUUUUCUCUCUUUUUUUACCAAAAACUGGAUGAUAAAAAAAAUCUUCAGUUUGGUGUUUUGAUCUCAAUUAGCUCUUCUUUCGAGGGAUAAUUUUGUUUUCAAAAUUCAUUUUAUUUGUUGUUUCUGUUGUUUUAUUUAGUUUUGAUAUUUAAAAUGCCUUCCAGUUCCAGAGUUAAAUCUUCAUUACAAUUUAAAGCUUAAUAAUCUUUGAUUACCAUUGUAUUACUUGAAAAUGGCAUCAAAACAACAUUAUUGUUUAUCGCAAUGACUUCUGGGAUGAUUUAUCGUCCAGCAAGAUGUGUUAUAGUAUAGAAUAUAUUGUGACAGUAUUGUGACAGGCCAUCCUCUAACCACUUCCCUUCUUAAUUUAUGAGACAACAGGAAGGAUGUAGUAACACCCGGUAGUUGAACACAUGCGAAAAAAGUUUUUCCAUUACAGUUUUGCGAAAUACACUGAACCACCUCAUCCUAGUGCAAAUUCUGUCCUAAGCAAAUUUUUUUCUGCAAUUCCAAUUUGCGCACUUAUUAUCAACGGAAACACAGCUACUAUGUUCAGUAUUAACUCUGCAAUAACACAAAAUCCCAAAAAUACCAAAAGUAUUUUUGGUUUAGUUUCCACGGCUAAUAUCUUGAAAUAAGACAGAACUAAAUUACAAGAAACUUUUCAGCAAAACUUAGGAGCUUGUUUUAAGUAAAUAAUUCCUAAGUAUCGACAAAAAAGUGCUAUUUCCACUGGCAGAUCAUUUCACUUAUAACAAGACAUUUUUCCAGGUACGGGUGGGAAUUUAUUACAUUGUGAUGAAUAUCUUAUCAUAAUAAUUUUGUUUCAUUAAUAAAAUUACACUUGAAAAUAUUAUUAAAUGGAGUUUAACUGGACUGUGUAAAAGUUUGUGGAAAGUUUUGAAUGUUUUCAGGAGCAGUAUUUGUGUUUGUGAGGCUUUGAUUGCUGGGCUAUGCAGCCAUAGUUACCUUAAAAAAAAUAAGUAAUAAAUGGUUCUUAUUGUCGCUUUUAUUGGUGUAGCAACAGUACCACAAAUACUAUGCAAAAACACACAAUUUUGUGACAGUAUUUUUGUCUAGUUUGUUGUGCAAAUAUCUUAGAAAACUUGAAAUUAGAUGAAAUUAAGUUAAAAAUAACUUUUCAGCAAGACUAUUUACUUGAUUAAGGUAAAUAAUUUCUUACGAUUGCUGAAAAAGAACCAGUUCCUUUGGUAGAUAAAUUAACGUGUAACGUGGGAAAAAUGUUUGCCAACAGAACUAGCACUUUUUCAUCAAUAUUAAUGAAUUAUUUACUUAAACAGAAGCUCAUAUAUCUUGCUAAAAAGUUAUUUCUAAGUUAGUUUUGUUUUAUUUCAAGUGAACUAAGAUAUCUGCACCAGAAACUAGACUAAAAAUACUUUGGAAGAUAUUCUGUUUUUCCAGUGUUGCGAUAAAACGUUAUUAUAUCCAUGUUGGGUGUCUCGAGUCAUAAGUGAAAUAAUCUGCCAGUGAAACUAGAACUCUUUCAUCAAUAUUGAGUGAAAACAAGCCCCUUUAUUUAUCUGAAAAGUUACUAUUAAAUUAGUUUUGUCUUAUUUAAAGUGUAUUCAGAUAUUGGUAAUACUUGGUAAUAUCUGCUGUUUUUGCAGGUUAAGAGGUCGGCGACGUUCAGGUCAGCUUGUGAUUUAUGGUGAUACAUUUUGGUUGGUACCCAACUGCAAGUGUGUAAAGAAGAUAAAAAAAUAAAGCUUUAGUUUCUUACCCAUAAAUACAUAUUACUGUAUGGAUUCAGGAAAGAGACUCUAUUUUAAGCCAGCAGGUUUGUGUACUUCGUCUCAUUUACCAGUGCGAUGAGAGCCGACACUGAAGUGGCUUUUGCUGAGAAUAUGUAAGGAUUGCAGGAGUGUAAUUAGGCAAAAGGAGAUGAGAUCAGGGUGGGACACAUAACCUCCUGGGUGUCAGCUAUGAAUAGACAUAAUGAAUGGAUCUCCAUGUCUAAUAAAAACCCUCUUCACUGUGGACCUGAA